ACGUAAUCUUCGAGAAUCGUACGUCAAAAUACAUUGUGUAAUAGAUGUGGCCAAAUAACGAUUUUUAAAGGACAAAACAAAAACGUGCAAAAUCUGUGUGGACAAGUCUUAAAAAUUUGAUUCAUUAGACGUGGAACAGUAUCCGGUUGAAUAUUUAAAAAUCAAAACAAAAAAUCUGAGAGCGAAGUCUAAACACGAUCUUUACUUGGGACUUGUCAACAUUGAAGGAACUCACUAGUAUUGGAAGAACUUGCCGACAUUGGAGAAACUCGCUCUCAACACUUAGAUUACGAUAGAAAUACAAUUAAAGAUACAUUUUGAUAAGAUACAAAGUAAAACUGGUUACAGUUACAGUUACGGAGUUAAGAAAUAAAACCUUGAGAGCUGAAGCUAUCGUGUAUAGUACGAUCAAACUGCAUAAUCGUUGGAAUACUAAACGAUCAAGAUGUUUUUCUAUCUACUUAAUGCAUUCAGUAUUGUAUUAUUUGGAUUAGCAUAUGGAGAACUUACUUUCCCUGCAACCAUCUGCAAACAAGAUUCAGUUGAUUAUUCCGCUUGUUUAAAACAAGCUUUUAAAGAAGCAUUUCCACGGUUUGUCAAAGGACUUCCAGAAUUUGAUCUUCCACCAGUGGAUCCAUUAUUUUACGAAUACGGCAAAGUUGUAUUUAAUUCAGGGGAUAUACACGCAGAAGUUGCUUUGACAAAUACUAUUAUAACCGGUUUGGCGAAGAUUCAAGUUAAUGACAUAAGACCACACUUUCUUGAUGACGUUUUCCAUUUAGAAGUUGAUGCACUAGCACCGAAAUUAAUCCUAAAAGGUGUUGUGAAGAUGAAUGGUACUCUAGGUAUAUUCAGAAUUGCUAGUGAAGGUCCCUUUAAUUUGACUGCUAAUGAUGUUGACGGAACAUGGGAUAUGGUAGGACAUGUAGUAAAUGAUACAUGGAUUAUAGAACAUGUCCGUGUACUUCCAUCAGUUAGAAAACUUAAACUAUAUUUUGAUUUGUUCCAAGACAAUAAAGAGAUUAAUGAUAUUGUCAUAAGUUUUGCAAAUGAAUUUUGGCCACCAUUGUAUCGAGUAAUGUUACCAAUAACAUCUGAAGCAUGGGAUCCAUGGUUGACUGGCAUGGUUAAUAAGUUAUUUUCAAAAGUUUCUUUCUCAAAAGUAUUUCCAUAAAAUUCAUAUAUUUUAUAUACAUUAAGAAAUAUAAAUAAGUAACAAGAAAUUAGAGUACCAUAUGAUAAAG